AUGAUUGUAGCUAUGUUACCUUCUUCUUCCACCAUAACUCAACAACCCUUUUCUUCAUGGCCUCGUAGCUCAGUUCCAAUUUCACUGUCUUUCAAAUCAAGAUUAACCUCAUUGAAUCCACAGUUUCGUGCUGCUUUGGUUGAAGCAAAGCCAUCACCAAAUUCCCUCGAGGUUCUUUCUCUCCCAAUUGAUCGUGCUGAUGACAUUCAAGCUGAAACAAAAGCUAUGGCUCGUGCUGUUAAUGCUUCUGUUUAUAGUCCUGAACUUGUUGCCUCAAGAUAUGGUUCAAAACCCUUCAAGGUUGUUGGAAGGGCAUUUGAGAUUGUGUUUAGCUUAGGGUCUUUUGGGUUGAAGCUACUGUGGGAGCAAAGGAAUGGAGUUGCUGAUAAGAAUAAGAGGGUUCGUGCUAUUGAGCUUAGGAGUAUAUUCACUAAGCUUGGACCAACUUUUGUCAAAUUAGGUCAAGGGUUGUCUACUAGACCUGAUAUUUGUCCAAUUGAGUAUCUCGAGGAGCUUUCGGAACUUCAAGAUGGUUUGCCGACAUUUCCCGACGACGUCGCCUUUGAAUGCAUUGAGAGGGAAUUAGGAUUAUCUCUUGACUCUAUUUUUUCUACGAUAUCUCCUUCGCCUAUAGCCGCUGCUAGUUUAGGUCAGGUUUAUAAAGCUCAGUUAAAGUACUCUGGCAAAGUUGUUGCGGUCAAGGUGCAACGCCCCGGGAUUGAAGAAGCUAUUGGAUUGGACUUCUACCUUAUAAGAGGUUUAGGGUUUCUAAUAAAUAAAUACGUGGAUCGAAUCACAACCGAUGUUGUUGCACUUAUCGACGAGUUUGCUUGUAGAGUCUUUCAAGAGCUCAACUAUGUGCAGGAGGGAAAAAAUGCGAGGAGAUUCAAAAAAUUGUAUGCUGACAAGGAAGAUAUUUUAGUUCCCGAUGUUUUUUGGGACUAUACAAGUGCAAAGGUGCUAACGAUCGAUUGGGUUGACGGUGUAAAACUUAACGAGCAAGAAGCAAUUGAGAGGCAGGGACUAAAUGUCUUGGAUCUGGUUAACACUGGCAUACAGUGCAGUCUCAGACAACUUCUCGAGUAUGGGUAUUUCCAUGCGGAUCCUCAUCCCGGUAAUCUUUUGGCUACACCGGAGGGAAAACUCGCUUUUCUUGAUUUCGGGAUGAUGAGUGAGACUCCUGAAGAAGCGAGAUAUGCGAUAGUCGGUCACGUUGUUCACUUGGUUAACCGAGAUUAUGAAGCUAUGGCUCAAGACUACUAUGCUCUUGAUUUCUUAUCUAGGGAUGUUGACGUGUCUCCAAUUGUUCCCGCACUUCGAAACUUUUUCGACAAUGCACUUGAUUAUACUGUUAGUGAGCUUAACUUCAAGACAAUUGUGGAUGGUCUCGGAAAUGUUUUGUACCAAUAUCCAUUCAAUGUUCCGGCAUACUAUGCAUUGAUAUUAAGGUCUCUGACUGUUUUAGAAGGUUUAGCACUAUACGCUGAUCCGAAUUUUAAGGUGCUUGCCGCAUCGUAUCCAUACUUUGCUAAAAGGCUCCUAACAGAUCCAAAUCCAUAUCUAAGGGAUGCACUUAUUGAGUUGCUUUUCAAGGAUGGCAAGUUCAGGUGGAAUAGGCUUGAAAACCUUCUAGUUCAGGGAAGAAAAGAUCGAGAUUUCUCCGCUAAAGAAGCUUUACAACCUGCCCUGAAGGUAUUGUUGAGUCCCGACGGUGAAGUUCUAAGGAAUCUAGUUAUCAAAGAAGCUGUUCGGGUAUCCGAAGCUUUCACUCUCGGCACAAUUUCCGACACAUACCAGUAUGUUCCCGCCUUUUUGAGGACCCUCGUCUUAAACGGUAUUGCAAAGGAACCACUUUUGACGUCAGAAACCGAAAGACAAAACAUGAUUGAGCUUAGAGAUCAAGUGAUUAGGAUAUGGAAACUUUUGCAAUCCUCUAAUGAUUUUGAUCCGUCGCUUUUGCUACCGAUACUACAGGUUGUUCAGCAACCGGAGGCUCGUAAACUCGGAGGUCAUGUUGUAGGUGGAAUCACUCAACGGCUCGCAGCGCGGUUUCUUCUGCAAGUACUCGGAGCACCAAGUUCAACUUCUACAUAG